ACAGAGUGCUAGCUCCAAAUUGUUCUCACCAUUUUGAGAGAGAGAGAAAGACAGAGAGAGAGAGAGAGAGAGAGAGAGAGAGAGAGACAGAUUAGGCCAUGGCUACUGAAAACGUUGUUGUGAAGAGGCAAAGAGAUGAAGAAGAAAAUGGGGUCUCUGUUUCCACUGUUUCCAUGGAUAUAGAAGGUGGCAAGGACCCAAAUUGUAAUGGUAUAUCAUCUGUGAUUUCUGGGUGGUUCUCUGAAAUUAGCCCAAUGUGGCCUGGAGAGGCUCACUCCUUGAAGGUAGAAGAGAUUUUGUUUCAAGGAAAGUCUGAAUACCAGAAUAUCUUGGUCUUCCAGUCAUCAACAUAUGGGAAAGUUCUUAUUUUGGAUGGAGUCAUUCAGCUCACAGAAAGGGACGAAUGUGCCUACCAAGAAAUGAUCACUCAUCUUCCUCUUUGCUCUAUUCCAAAUCCCAAAAAGGUUUUGGUUAUUGGUGGGGGUGAUGGAGGGGUCCUGCGUGAAGUAUCACGCCAUUCUUCAGUUGAAAAGAUAGACAUUUGUGAAAUUGACAAGAUGGUUGUUGAUGUCUCCAAACAAUUUUUCCCUGAUGUAGCGGUAGGGUUUGAGGAUCCACGUGUGACACUUCAAAUAGGCGAUGGAGUUGCAUUUUUGAAGGAAGCUCCAGAAGGAACUUAUGAUGCAGUUAUAGUUGAUUCAUCUGACCCUAUUGGUCCUGCUCAGGAGCUUUUUGAAAAGCCCUUUUUUGAGUCGGUUGCAAAGGCUCUUCGCCCAGGAGGAGUUGUGUGUACUCAGGCAGAAAGUAUAUGGCUUCAUAUGGAUAUAAUUGAGAACAUUGUGGCCAAUUGUCGUCAAAUUUUCAAAGGCUCUGUCAACUAUGCUUGGACUACAGUUCCUACAUACCCAAGUGGGAUGAUUGGUUUUAUGCUUUGCUCAACUGAGGGACCUCCUGUUGAUUUCAAGCAUCCAGUGAAUCCCAUAGAUGAAAAAGAGUGUCAGAAGUCAGUAAGACCUCUGAAAUUUUACAACUCUGAGAUUCAUACAGCAUCUUUCUGUUUGCCAUCGUUUGCGAAGAGGAAGAUUGGUUCUAGCGCAAAUUGAGAAGAUUUUCAAGAGCUUGAAGGAGUUCGCUUGGCUGUUUUAGAAGUCCAGCAUUCAUCCUUAUUGGGAUUGGUCCACCUAUCAAUGAACCAUGGAAUAAGUCAGAGCUUAAAUUUGACAUUGGAGAGUAACUUUUAUUUCAGAAAAUGAGUUGUAGGUGAUAAUGAUACUGUUGAUGGAUUCAGCUAUCAGUAACUUUCCUCAGAAAUAUGAUUGACAAUGUUUUGCUGUAAGCAAACAUU